UCCUGAUGGCAUCAUCGAAAUUGCCGAAGUGCUCCAAAAUAAGUUGUCGGAUCUGUUGAAUGAGCCCUCCUGCUUCACGUUGUUGGAAGCUGUUGCGGAUGUACUCCCUACUGGAGUCCACGUGGAUCAGUUCGUUGACGCAGUUAUCUACACCA